CUGAGAGCGAGCGAUUGAACCUUUUACUCUGAUGAAACAUUCCCACUGAGUUUCUUUUCCAUUGAAGUUAACCAGAGCAACAAUGUCUUUUAAACUACUAUUUGUAAACAACACCAUCUUCAAAUGCUUUAAAACUCUUUCGUCACGAGGGAUCAGCAGCGGGGCCGCUUCCCUCGGCUCGGUUCCCUUAAAGGGUCGCAGCUGUCUCACUCUGAAAGACUUCAGCGCAGAUGAGAUCAAGAGGCUGUUGUGGGUGUCAGGGGAUCUAAAACACCGGAUCAAGCAUGAGAAACAGUAUCUCCCCCUUCUGCAGGGAAAGUCGAUUGCUAUGAUAUUUGAGAAGAGGAGCACCAGGACAAGAAUGUCCACAGAAACAGGUUUUGCUUUGCUGGGUGGACACCCCUGUUUCCUCACUUCUCAGGACAUCCACCUUGGAGUGAAUGAGAGUAGCACAGACACAGCAAGAGUUCUCUCGGGGCUCUGCGAUAUUGUCUUGGCCCGAGUGUACAGCCACUCCACCCUGGAGGAGCUGGAAAAGGAGGCCUCUGUCCCCAUUAUUAACGGCUUGUCCGACCUCUACCACCCAAUCCAGAUUCUGGCCGACUUCCUCACCUUACAGGAGCAUUAUGGUUCCCUUAGUGGUCUAACAGUGAGCUGGAUUGGAGAUGGGAACAACGUCCUCCACUCCUUCAUGAUGACUGCAGCUAAAUUGGGAGUUAAUCUUAAGAUUGCUACACCAAAGGGUUAUGAGCCAGAGAGGAGUGUUAUUGAAGAGGCACAAAGACUCUCCAAAGAACAUGGGACUCAGCUUGUUCUGACCUCUGACCCGAUGGAGGCUGCUCGCGGCAGCAAUGUGUUGGUCACUGACACCUGGGUGAGCAUGGGACAGGAGGAGGAAAAGAAAAAGAGGCUCAAAGACUUUAAAGGUUACCAGAUCACAAUGCAGACGGGAAGUGUGGCCGAAGCAAACUGGACCUUCCUGCAUUGUCUCCCCCGCAAAAUGGAGGAGGUGGACGACCAGGUGUUCUACUCGUCCCGCUCCCUCGUCUUCUCUGAGGCAGAGAAUAGAAAGUGGACGAUCAUGGGUCUGAUGGUGUCUCUUCUGACUGACUACGCUCCACAGAUCCCCUCGCUCAAGUUUUAACUUUAACAUAAGGUGGACUUGUACUUUCGUGUCAUAAAGUUUGAAUGUCCUAUUUCAGGCGCCUCUGAAUAGUUCAAUGUCUGAUGUGACCCACAGGGCGGGUUACCCGAGAGUAGCUGUUUUCAUUGUUUAAUGCCUUAGAGCAGGGAUUCCCAAAGUGUGGUGCAGGCACCCCUGGGGUGCCGCGAGUGGCCUCUAGGGGGCGCGCAAGAGGAGACAUGUAAUGGUGGUCUAAUGGAGUAAUUCAUAUUAAAUAUAAUUUGUAAAACAAUCAAUAGGGUUUUUACACAAAAUGGAGAUAUGAACCGUCAAACUGUUACAUUAUUGAAAAUAAAGU